AAAGACCAAAAUGCCAAACUUGCAAAACCCAUUUCUCUCUCAGUCUUAAACCCUAAAGGCAUUUCAUUUAUCUAACAGUCGACCACUACCACCUUCGUUGACGACGCUUGCAAUGACGCCGUCUCGUCUCUAUCUCUAUUUCCUCCGCCGUUUCUCCACCGCCGUCACAGAGUCCACAACCACCGCAUCUCCCGCCGCAAUCACCGUCUCCAAAGCCAAGUCCAAACUCCGCAAAGUCCACGAUCCCGACAAAGCCUUGGCGAUCUACAACUCCGUCUCCAGCAACGCCUCAUCCCCUCUCUCCUCUCGCUACGCCAUGGAGCUCACCGUCCGCCGCCUCGCCAGAUCUCACCGUUUUUCCGACGUCGAAGCCUUAAUCGAGUCUCGCAAGAAAGACCCACAAAUCAAAACAGAGUCUUUCCUCUCCACGCUCAUCAGAUCCUACGGACGAGCCUCCAUGUUCGACCAUGCUAUGAGGACGUUCGAGGAGAUGGAACAGCUCGGAACGCCCAGAUCCGUCGUCUCCUUCAACGCCUUGCUCGCCGCUUGUCUCCAUUCGGGCUUGUUCGAAAGAGUCCCCCAACUGUUCGACGAAAUGCCUCAGAGGUAUCGUAACAUCACUCCCGAUAAAGUCUCUUACGGGAUGUUGAUUAAGUCGUAUUGCGAUGCUGGCUCGGUGGAUAAGGCUAUGGAGACUAUGAGAGUUAUGGAGGAGAAAGGUGUUGAGGUUAACAUCAUUUCUUUCACAACCAUCCUAGGAUCGUUGUAUAAGAACGGGCAAACGGAUGUAGCGGAGAGCUUGUGGAGCGAGAUGGUGAGUAAAGGCUGUGAAUUGGAUAACACUGUUUACAACGUUAGGCUCAUGAACGCUGCUAAGGAGAGCCCCGAGAGAGUCAAGGAGUUGAUGGAUGAGAUGUGUAGUGUGGGGUUGAAGCCUGAUACGAUUAGCUAUAACUAUCUUAUGACUGCGUACUGCGUGAAAGGGAUGAUGGGUGAGGCCAAGAAGGUGUACGAAGGGCUUGAUGAGAAAGAGGGUUGUUGUGCGAACGCGGCUACGUUUAGGACGUUGAUAUUUCAUCUGUGUAUCAACGGGUUGUACGAUCAGGGUUUGGUUGUGUUCAAGAAGAGCGCGUUGGUGCACAAGAUUCCGGAUUUCAAGACGUGUAAGCAUUUGACUGAAGGACUGGUGAGGAAUAAUAGGAUGGAAGAUGCGAGAGGAGUGGCUAGGAUCGUGAAGAAGAAAUACCCUCCGCGUUUGGUAACCGAGUGGAAGAAACUAGAAGAGAGUCUUGGAUUGUAUACAAAGGCCAAUGCUGCUGGUUCUUCCCGAACAAGACAAGUGUCGGAUCAAGAAAGUGAUGCUGAUGCAUAAAGCUAAAGAAGAUCUGUGUGUUUGUUUGUGCUGUCUUGCUUGAUCCAGGAUGCAUUUAUUUUCUCAUAAACUAGCUGUGAAAGCUACAAAAGUUUCUAGUGGUUUGAAUUUAUAUAAAGAUGAGAACAAUUAUAGCUUGAUAAAAGAUAGAGAUAG